AUGAAUCAACCAAAGAAGUCUCCGCUCGAUCUGAAUAAGGAAAAUGCCGAUUUGAGAAAUCAAUUGAUGCAAAUUAGCAAGCACAGAGACAGCUUGAACAAGGAAAAAGCCCUGCUACAAACAAAAAAUGAGGCUCUUCAAAAAGAAAACGAUGCUUUGGGAAGCUCCUUGCAGAAAUUAAAGCAAAGCUCCACAGCGCUAAAGGAGAACAACAUCCAGUUGAAAAAGGAGCUCCAGAUAUCGCAGAAUAAAGAAUUGAUUUCGGAUGAUUCAAUUUUACAAAAUCAACUACAAGAAAUUAUGAAAAUAAGAAAUCAAUUAGAUGCAGAAAACAGUUCUCUUAAAAGUGAGCUGGAUAAAACCAAGUCUAAUCUGGACACUAUGAAACAGAAGUAUGGCGAGAAAUGUGAUGAAGUAUAUUCUUUUCACAAAAAGCUCACUCUUGUCACAUCUGAGCUGGAUGGCUUCAAAAUCUCCGAAGUCAACUAUUCAAAGAAUAAGCAAACAGUGAACACUGAUGAUAAAAAGUGGGAAGUUCGAUAUGGUCAAUUGAGUGAAAAAGUUACUGAUUUUACUCAAGAAGUCUUUAAAAGAGAAAAGGAUCUACCUGUACUGGGUAGAAAUAAUGCCGAAGAGAUCGAAAUGCAGGCAUUUAAUAAUUUCGUCAUUUUGAAUUCUCUGAAACUAGAAAAAUUUGUGUCAGAUAUACCGAGUUCUCACGGAAGUACAGUGAGCAGUGCAAACAACAGUGUGGAACUGUCUGCAUCACCUCCAGAAACAAAAAAUGAAGAAACAGUGUGCAAAAUGUGUCACAGGAAACAAUUUUUUGUAACUUGUAAGAACGUCAGGUGUAAGAGUAUAUUCCAUGAAGAGUGCAUACGUGUGUUUUUCAAUACAAAAACAAGAUGUCCUUGCUGCGAUGAAGGUACUUUUGACUUUCCAGCAUUUCAGAGUCGUGACCGGUAUUAA